AUUACAUGGAAAUUAAGCUUAGUAUUACCCACUUUAAAACAGGUCAAGUAGGCCGGGUCAAGUAGAUGGUGAUCUGUUAAAUUGGGCUUGUAGCCUUGUACAGUUGGGCUUGGGGCCCGAGCAAGAAAGCCCUUUCCAUCGACUAUGCCCAGUUGAUUCUGUAUUGAACUCUAACCGCUUUUUCCCCUCUACAACUGGCCAUCACAAACGAGAAUCAGAACCUAGCUUUCGUCUCUCUCUUCACACCCUACCGACUCCCGCCGCCGGGAAAGCUUCGAUACCACAGGUAAUCAUCAUCUUCUUCCUCGUCGUCGUCGUCUUCAAUCGGAGAACGAAACAAAGUUCAAAUUCUGCGCACCUUGAAAUUUUGUAUCGAUUAGUAAUUUGCUUCAGUGAGAUUCAUGGACCAGAAGGAGAAGCAGCUUACUGUUUGAGGGUUUCCUUUCGUUAUUUGUUUGGACUAGGUGUACGGAAUCAAAAGAGCGAUUUGCUGCGGGAUGGCGACGGCGGAAGAGGAGCACAAGCCACUGGCUUACGUACCAGAGAUUGUUUUGAAGAAGAGGAAGCACAAGGAGGAAUCCAUUGCGCUCACGAGGAAGAAUCAGCUGGAGCUCGGGGCUCGUGCUGAGAAGAAGAGGAAAGUUCAUGAUAUCAAGCGGCCUGAGCACUUUGUCAAGGAGUACAGAGACAGAGAAUUGGAUCUCAUACGAAUGAAGCAGAGGACUAAGAGGCCAAAGACAACUCGAUCUGCUGUGGCCAAGUCGACGCUUUUGUUUGUGGUGCGGAUACAAGGAAAGAAUGACAUGCACCCCAAAGUUAGGAAGAUCCUUUACAGGCUCAAGCUGAGCAAUGUCUUUGAUGGUGCUUUCAUGAAGGCAAGUGAAGGAGUGUUAGAGAUGCUCAAAAGGGUGGAGCCGUAUAUUACAUAUGGGUAUCCAAGUGUUAAAACUGUCACUGAUCUGAUAUACAAGAAGGGUCAUGGAAAGAAGGAUAACCAGAGAGUCGCCCUGAUAGACAACAAUAUCAUUGAACAGGCAUUAGGCGAGUACGGUAUUCUAUGUUUGGAAGAUUUGGUGCACGAGAUCACAACCGUCGGACCACACUUCAAGGAGAUCAAUACCUUCUUGGGACCAUUUUCGCUCAACAAGCCGAAAGAUGGGCUGCAAGGCAAGAAAGCAUUGUUCAAGGAUGGCGGUGACUCUGGAAAUCGCGAGGAUAAGAUUAACGACUUGAUCAGUAAGAUGAAUUAGCCUCGACGAGUCUUUGCUUGUAUGUUUUAACCGCACUCUACCUAAAGUAUGCAGAGCUGAAAGCAAAAAUUCAAACUCAUCAGGCUUGUAUCACAGAAUUUUGUCUACUGCUUUUCUACACUUGCUUGGAUGCUCUCUUGUGUUCCGUCCGAGUUGUUUAAUGGAAAUAGUUAGAUUGUCAUGUUUGUUCUCAACUACCCAUAUUUUGCAUUUUUUUUCUUUCUCUCCAAGCAUUAGUUCACCCCAAUCCAUUCUACUCCCCUUUAUGGUUCGACUUAUAGUGUUUGACAACUCCAACUGGAGAUGAGCUCGGACCGUAGUAUCAGUAUCCUAGUUGUUCCUAACAAGCAAACUGACUCUAGAUCAAAGUCCAAAAAAGUUGCAGACGAUUG